AUGCAGUGGGAGCCGGGGAAGAAGCAGUGGUUCUACGUUCGUCGAGUCCUGUGGCCCGCUGCGCUGACACCGCGCCAGAUCGACCCUACCACGACCCCGCCAAAGCGGCAGUGGGAGUUUCCCGAGCUCGCGGCGGUGGUGUACCCGCCGCCGACGCCGGCGCCGGCCCAGAGCCCGCCGCCUCAGCCCUCUUCGUCCGCGCAAGACCAGCAAGCCGCCACCUCGCCACCCUCCUCACCGACGGAGCACUGGCUCGCCGUCCGGGCGGAACCCAUCCCACGGCCGCCCGCCCCGGCCCCAACGCUGCCAGGCUACCCCCUCCGUGUGCCCAUCAGCCCGCACGUCGCGCCCCCUCAAGGGAAGAACACGGCCGCGGCCUACUUUAGCAACGCGCAGGCGCCGCUGCCAGAGACGACGGUCGUGCUGCUGCAGGGCAGCGUAACGGGGUCUGCCGGUGGGGGGAAGGACGUGUUCGCGCGGCCGGCUUCCGCUGCCAGCUUCAGCCUGCCGCCUGGCGCGCCGCCGAAGCCGAGUUCACCUGCGCCUCCGCCUGCGCCUCCGCCCGGUCCGCGUCCGCCUCCGGCGCCGCAGCCUUCGCCUUCGCCCACGCCGAGCAUCAACAUCCCGGGCGUGGGCGACGUCGGGGGCCUGCUGACUGGCAUCUUGGGCGUGAGUUUGAGCCGCCCGCGCAGACGCUAUCGGAAGUCCCGCGGGCCGACGCCCAAACCCGCCGCGCCGGCGUCGCCGCUGGCCCCGCUCUUCGCGAUCGGCAUGUCGCAGCUCGAGGGCCGCACGUCUGCCCGCCCCGCGUCGGACGCGAACACCGCCGCCUUCGUUCCGCUCGUGGACGGCGCGCUCUCCCUCGUCGGCGGCAAGCUCGGGGACGCACAGGACCCGCUCGGCUCGCUGAUCGGCGGGCUGAAUCCCUUCUCUGGUGGCGGCGGCGGCGAGAAGCGAAAGUCCAACGGAGGCGGCGGGCACAGGCCGCACGCGAACAGCUUUGGCGGGUUUGGGCGGAGGGAGCUUGACGUCGGCGCGGGGGGUUUUGUUGGACAGGGGCAGGACGACACGCCGCAGUCGUACGGUUUCGGACAGCAGCUCGGCCGGACGCGUGACGAGCUCUACCAGCCGCAACACCAGCCACAGUAUGACGGCUCUGCGCCGAACACGAACCCCGGUGCUUGGGCCCCGGGGCACGGGCACAGCGCGUCGUAUGGCGAUGGUGGCGGUGCGGCUGGGAAUGAUGAGAAGCAGCAGCAGCAGCAGCAGGGGAUUGCGUACGGCGGCGCUGGGCACUGGGUGUGA